UCCCGACAAAAAUCUGAGAAUAAAAUAUCACGGGAUGAUAUUUAGUUUCUUGUAUUAAUUUGUGUUGCCCCGGCAAAGUUCGCAGAAAAUUAAAGCUAACGUUUUAGCCAAAUUAAAACGCCGCCCCAUUCAGCAAUCGAAAUAUUUAACAAUCAAAAUAGUUUAAUAGUAAAAAAAAUGCAUCAGUGACUGGGAAGUUUCGGCGAAAUAGCAGAGGAAGGAAGAGAGACGGCAAACGUUAAAGGGCGUGCAAGGCAAAAGUAACUGUUCCUUUGACGGCGUGUGUGCGAGUGUGUGUAAAAAUGUGCUUGGCGGACGACAAAAGAAACGGGAAGCGAUUGCGGGUGUGGAAUUAAAAUUAAAUUCACACGAAUUUAUGCGCGAGGCGCGUGUUUUUGCGAAUCCUUGGCCUUUAGAAAUUUACAUCGUUGACGAGGCGGAAUAAUGAAUCGAUGACUAUUUGCUGCUGAUACGGCCACAUCUGCCAGCUGUCUUGGUUGUCCCCCCUAUCACUCACACACUCGCGUUAUCCUGUGGAGCCCAAAGAACAAUAACAACAAAAACCAGACUCCUUGCCCGAGGCUUAGCUUGUCAGUCUAACUCCAACCACAGCCAACUCGAACUCCAACUCAAACCGCAGACAACUGCAACCAAAAAAGACUGCGCAGGAGAGAGAGAGAAAGAGAGUGCGCGAAAGGACUCUCCACCGGCUGUGGAAGAGGAAAAGAGAAGAAAAGGACGAGAGGCGGAAGUGGUGACAUCUGUUUUGCCGCUUUGUCAGUGUGCGGAUGCUCCUGCCAAAGGCGAACGAACACGAACGAGCACGAACGAGCAAGGAGCACAACGUGAACAAGUGUGGAAAUUGGAAUUUUUAUUCAAAACAAUGCCCCUGCUGCAACAGUACGACACCCCUGAUUGCACUGGUUCUGGUGGCAACAUGCGAGCCCUAAGCGGAGGCUCCACCGCGGAGCUUUUGCAGAAACACUCGAUCACUUCCUACCUGGAGCACCACCAGCAGCAGCAACAGCAGCAUCAGCUGCAACACAAUCUGCUGGACAGAUGCAACGACGAUGGAUUAAUAUCCUUCAUCAAUGAUCCAAUCACACUGAACGAUCUACUCGGCCUGUGCGGCUGUGGUGGGAAUGGGGUGGUCGGUAUUGGCCAGAGCCCCUCGACAUCGUCCACGGCGUUGGUCGGAGAAGUAAGCGGAGGAGGUGGACGAGCUCUAGCUGGUGCAACAACGGGAACGGGAGUAGGAGGAGCAGGAGGAUCGGGACCGGGACUGGGAUCGGGCCAAGCAGGAGUUGUGGGACAAAGCAGCGCCACGGGCAACAGCCCGGCGGGCAACCCAUCCGCCAGCUUCGGUAGCAACGGCAGCAGCAGCGACGUCAACAAUCUGCUGCUCGCCAGUGCGGCAGCCGCUGCUGCUGCCGCUGCCGCCGCGGCUGCCGGCGAUGGCGUUCAACUGUCCGCCAAUGCGGCCGUCUACGCUCCACUGACGCCCAGCUCCACUCAGUCCUCGGCCUCGCCGGGCACCAAGUCCAGUUUUGACUACUUCCAGUUUGAAAAUGUUGCACAAAGUAACCCACUUAAGGCUUUCCAAAGAACAAACAUCAGCUUCGAUUGCUCUGCACCCUUAUCGCCAAGUACGCCUACAUCUAUUUACAAUCGCUCCUUUCACAGUUCACCUUUAGUCAGCGACAGCAGCAACUCAUCGAGCGGCAACGGCCUAUCCUUGGACUCCAUCAACAUGCUCUACCACCAACAACAACAGCAGCCACAGCCACAGCCGGGUUACACUAACCUGUGUAACUCCACUGGCAGCGGAUUAGGACUGAGUCUGGCAAACGCCUCCACGCGCUCCAACUCACCGGAAAGCCAAAACAGCGGCCAGUCGAUAAACGAGCCCAACCUUUUGGAUAUGAUUAAUCUUCUGUCUGUGAAUUGCAACAAACUACCAUCAAUGCAGCAGCAGCAACAGCAACAGCAUCACCAUCAGCAGCAGCAGCAGCAACAGCAACACCAGCUCCAGCAGCAAUACGCCUAUCUGAACAGGAACUAUGAACAGCAGAUGGUCACUAACGGAGGUGGCCAACAGCACUGUUUCGAGCAGAACGGCGUGGGCGUGGGAGCUACCAGCGGAGGAAGCGAGAACUGUCUUAACCACUACACAUUGGAAAACCUCGCCAACGUGGACAUGGAGCUGGCCAAACUGCAGAAUUUGCAGCGUAUCAACACGCUGAAACUGCUGCAGACCCACACGCAGCAGAUGCCGCUGAUCAACCAGCUGCUCCAGAGUUAUGCCGGCAGCACCAUGGGCAGUGUCGCGGGAAGCAAUCUCAAUACCCUGAUGAGCAUGGGAGGAUCCGCCAACGGCGGUGUGGGCAUGCCAGAAAUGACUGCAGGCGGUGGCGGCAGCGGAACUACCAACGAUGGCCACCUAGACCGCGUGGCGAAGUUUUACAGGAGUUCGGCGGCCCUGUGCGAUGCUACCUGCACUUGGAGUGGACAGCUGCCGCCACGCUCUCACCGCAUGCUCAACUAUUCUCCCAAGGUCUUCCUCGGCGGUAUUCCCUGGGACAUCAGUGAGCAGUCGCUCAUCCAUAUCUUCAAGCCGUUUGGAUCUAUCAAAGUGGAGUGGCCCGGCAAGGAGCAGCAGGCUGCACAGCCCAAGGGCUAUGUGUACAUCAUAUUCGAAUCUGACAAACAGGUUAGGGCCUUGCUGUCGGCUUGUGUGCUUCAUGUAGAUGACUCUCAGAGCGGGAGCAACUAUUUCUUUAAAAUCUCUUCGCGUCGCAUCAAGUCCAAGGAUGUCGAGGUUAUUCCGUGGAUAAUAGCCGACUCCAACUUUGUGCGCUCUAGCUCCCAGAAACUAGACCCAACAAAGACUGUAUUUGUGGGAGCUCUGCACGGAAAACUGACUGCUGAGGGCUUAGGAAAAAUCAUGGAUGAUCUUUUCGACGGCGUGCUUUACGCCGGUAUCGAUACGGACAAGUACAAGUACCCAAUCGGAUCGGGUCGUGUAACCUUUAGCAACUUUCGAUCCUACAUGAAAGCUGUGUCGGCCGCCUUUAUUGAAAUUCGGACCACAAAGUUCACCAAGAAGGUGCAGGUGGAUCCUUACCUGGAGGACGCCUUGUGCUCAAUAUGCGGAGUGCAACACGGUCCAUACUACUGCCGAGAGUUGUCAUGCUUCCGAUACUUUUGCCGCAGCUGCUGGCAGUGGCAGCACAGCUGCGACAUUGUCAAGAAUCACAAGCCAUUGACGCGCAACUCGAAGUCGCAGAGCUUAGUUGGUAUCGGACCAUCCUCGUCGACCGUUUCGAUGGCCUCGUCCCGUCACAGCAUUAACGGCGACAACAAAAUGGGGCACACCCAGCAACAUCAGCAGCAGAAACACCAUCAGCCCCAACAACAGUCACAGGCCCACAACCUCAACAUGAUGGGCAACUCAGGAGCGACCAAUGCCGCUGCCACAUCGAUGUACAACUUUCAGCAGCAUCAGCAGCGUCAACACCAAAAGCAUCAGCAGCAAUUGCAACAUCAGUAUCAGGCUAUCUAGACUGCUACGUCUUUUAUCCGCACCGUUUUAACGGAUAUUUCCGCACUUACUAUGUGCGGAAUUUUGGACUUUUAAGCAACGUAGAAAAAACGGCGCAUAUGUUUUCGCAGACAGUUUUCUUGGAGCCGAUGGAGACCCGGGCUCAUCAUCGUCAUUAUCAUUGUGAACACAAUUUUAUUAAUGUGUAUAUUAGAUCGGCUUACACAUUGAAUUUCCUUUAAGGUAAUUAGUGUUAGUCGACUCUGCCAUACCGAACACCCUCGGAUCAAAACAAAAGACCCCCACAUUCAUAUUUUUUGAUAAUCAUGCUUACAUAUCAGCAUUUGGAGCUGGCAUUCGAAUGUUAAACGAAUGAUACAUGAAAUAAGCUAUUUCAUUUACCCACACCUCUCAUCAACAUACUACUCAAGUUACUUUUUGGCUAAGAAAGCUGUUAAUAAUUUCUAAUUUGUACAUGUCUAAUUUUAAGCGUACGAAACCGCGCGGUAAACGGUGAGGAACUGGAAGAGUCUCGACCAAUUUUUCCGCGUAGAGGUUAGGAUUACCAUUUUUGUUAUGUUUUGCGCUAUUACUGAGGAAUUUUAAGUGGUUUCUUUUUAAAUAGCCAAGAACCCAGACACGAGUUAAUAUAUGAUUUGGAUUGUCCGUUAAGCGUUUAUCAGGGAAUUUCAAUUUUUAAGAAGACAUUUUAAAAAUUGUAAAUUCGUUUAACUCAUUUCCCCCCUUUUUGUUACUCAUUGAAUUGUUACAAACCUGAGUUAUAUAUAUUGUUUAGUUUUUGUUUUGGAUUAGUUUUAAGCAUUAUCAUUGUUGAACAUUAGCGCGAUGCCUGAUUGAUUGUUGAACUUUUUUUAAGGAUUUAUCUUUCUUUAGCUUUUUUGGCUGUUCCAGUUUUAGAGCUUUCGGGCAAUAAGUUUAUAAUUUAUGUCUACCAUUAUUUUUCAUGUAUUUUGAGAAAGGAUCUCGCUAGCGCUUAUUUAUCUAGAAUACACACAUGUAUGUAUCAACACAACAUUACAUAUUGUACAUUACAAGGCUUUAUUUAAUUUAAAACUUACUCAUUUUGUACUCCUAACACGAAUAGGGAAGAUAGACUAAAAGUACACCUUAAAACCAAAUUGAUCACGAAAACAAAAUCAUAACACACUCACACGUAUUCACCAACCAAACAAAUAUAUACAAAAUCGCUUUUGAA